AUGGCCUCCGUCGAUGAUGUGGCAGCCUGCUUCUCCGAGUCCUACGAGGAGGCCAGGAGCAAGUUCCUCGCGGCCGCCAAGGAGAAGGAUGCGGAGAUGCACUCCUUGCCAGUAACCGAAGACGAGGAUGGCAAGUACACCAUCGACGUCGCUGUCCUCAGGAAGCCUGGGAAAGGCGUUGUGGUCAUCUCCAGCGGCACGCACGGCGUGGAGGGCUAUGCUGGCAGUGGCAUUCAGCUGGGGCUCCUCCGGCACUGGCAGGAGCUGUCCAUCCCUGUUACGGCCGUGUUCAUCCACGCUGUGAAUCCCUUUGGGAUGGCGCACUUCCGGCGCUUCAACGAGCACAAUGUGGACCUGAACCGAAACUGCCUGCUGCCACACGAGUUUGAGAAGUUGCAAACUCAAGACCAGAUUGCACCCCUCUACGACAGUUUCGACCCUGUCUUCAAUCCAACUUCUCCCCCGAGCUGGUUUUACCGCAACAUGGGUGUUUGGGUCCGCAUGGCCUCCUAUGUGGCGGCCUAUGGCAUCGGGUACAUUAAGACAGCGCUGGUGGGUGGCACCUACACCAAGGAGAAGGGUAUCUUCUACGGUGGCCGUGAGCUGGAGCCCUCGCAUGUUCUGCUGAGAGACUUCUUCAAGGAGCAGUUCGGAGGGCUGCCGGCGAGGGAGAUCGCUUGGGUUGAUGUCCACACCGGUCUUGGCCCGCAAGGCGUGGAUGUGCUUCUGGGCAGCGAGGGCGACCGGCAAACCCUGGAAGAGAAGUUCCCGAAAGUGGAUGGCGAGUUCGAUGGAGUUCAGGUGGUUUCUGGCGAGCGGGGUGUCGACCUCCGAUGCGCGGGGGAAGGGCUGGAAGUGAACUCGGCCAGGUUCUCCUCUUCGCAGUCGGCUGGGUAUGAGUAUACGGUCGGCGUCCUGUCCGCCCCCUGGGUGACCCAAUGGUUCCCUCCAGAUUCCGGGCGAGUUCUUAUGGUCCAGCAAGAGUUCGGCACCCUGCCGCCGAUGGCGGUGGCCAGAGCCCUGAUGCUGGAAAAUAGCGGCUUCCACUACGACAGGAGCAACCACCACUUCUGGCGCACCUUCACGCAGGAUGCUUUCUACGUGAGGACGGAUUUCUGGAAGGAGCGCGUCCUCCGACGCGGGAUGGACGUCUUCCAGAAGAUGGCGAAGGACUGUGAGGAGGCUCAUUUGGCGAAUCCGCGGUGGGGCAUGGACGGCAUGGAGUCAUGUGUCGGUUGGCGAGCGCAAGGCAAAAACGUGCGCCGCGAUGUUUUCAGUUCGGGGAAGGGUCGCGGCCGCGGCCGGGGCGCAACCAAUGCCAACGGCAAGCAGUGGUCUGCUCAGGACAGCCCCGCUCAGGCACCAGCUCCUGUGGAGAUCAAGGAGGCGCCCCCAAAGAUACCUCCGGAGCCACCAGUGGAUGGCACCACCAUCAUGUUGCGAAACCUGCCAGCCAAGUUCAGCCAGCAGAGCAUGCUCCAGCUUCUGAACGACAACGGCUUCCAGGGCAAGUAUGAUUUCGUGUACUUGCCGAUGGACUUCCGCAAUGGCACGAAUCUCGGCUACGCCUUCGUCAAUACCCUGACGCAUCAGGAUGCGCUGGAGGCCAUGGAUGCCUACCAGGGCUUUACUGGCUGGGCCGACGGGAGCGACAAGGUUUGCGAGGUUUCCUGGGCCCACCCACAUCAGGGCCUCGAGGAGCAUGUUGAACGGUACCGAAACAGCCCCGUCAUGCACCCUGUCACGCCGGAGGAGUACAAGCCAAUGGUCUUUGCAAACGGACAGCGUGUCCCGUUCCCUGCGCCGACAAAGGCUAUCCGCGCGCCGAAGAUGAAAAGUGACCGGAGUUCCGGUGGCGCUGCAGCCCUCACGGACGCAAAAUCCUGA